AAGUGCCUCACAGAGGAGCCAAGGUGUCUCAUUUCUGAAGUUAGACUAGGAGGAGAAAAUGAACAAUUCCCUGGAAUAUCUGGCCUACCCUGUAAUCGUCUCUAAUCACAGGCAAAGCACAACUUUCAGGAAGAAACUGGACUUUGGCCACUACAUAUUGCACAAAAAUAGAGUACAAAUAGUGAAGCCUGCCGUGGAUACCAAACCUCCAAUGGCACACACACAUUACAUUUUAAAAUUGAGCAAAAUCCAGGGUGAACAAAAGAGAAUCGACAAAAUUGAAUAUGAAAAUAGACAACUGUGUCAGAAAAUCGCGAAUGCCUAUCGAGGCCCUGCCAAGGUGGACUGCUGGAACGAGUAUCUUUCAAAAAGCUUAAACAGAGAAUCAAGGAACCGAGAACUAGUAAGAAUCACCAUGGAAAACCAGGGCAUUCUAAGGAGGCUGAGUGAUCGCAAACCCAACUAUGACCGCAGGUCAUCGGAGAUGGACUGGCAGAAUUCAAGGCGAUAUAUCAGAAACACAACAAGAUAUCUUCUCUUCCAAGAAUAGGUUACUCACCAUGGAAAAGACACCAAGAAGACCCUAAGAUCUCUUCGCUGCUCAGGAUCUUAAAACAUCACGGAAAUGGCUGCAUUCUCUGUCUUAGGAUGUUACAAUAAAGCUUGGCACAAAAAACAAAAACAAA